AUGCCCCUAUAUCCAACACCCACACCUCCUCAACAACACCCACACCCCCAUCUCCAACACCCACACCUCCUCCCCAACACCCACACCCACACUCCCAUCUCCAACACCCACACCUCCUCCCCAGCACCCACACCCCCAUCUCCAACACCCACACCCCCAUCUCCAACACCCACACCUCCCCAACACCCACACCCACACUUCCAUCUCCAACACCCACACCUCCUCCCCAGCACCUACAUCCCUAUCUCCAACAUCCACACUCCCAUCUCCAACACCACUAACCCUACUGUUCCCUAUGAUGCUGGGAGAUCAGAUAAAAUAAAGACAGCUUAUUCUGAUGCCCUAUUUCAUGACAAAAAAUCAGGAACAUUGGUGCUGAUUUGUGAACUUAUGGACAUGAAUAUUUAUGAACUGAUUCGGGGAAAAAGACAUUAUUUACCAGAACGGAAAGUUAAACACUAUAUGUAUCAACUUUUAAAAUCUGUUGAGCAUAUGCAUAGGAAUGGUAUAUUUCAUCGAGAUGUGAAACCUGAGAACAUUUUAAUCAAGCUGGCUUCCAGUGAUAAGGAGGAUGUGCUGAAGCUAGCAGAUUUUGGUUCUUGUAGAAGUGUGUACUCAAAACAACCUUACACGGAAUAUAUUUCUACACGAUGGUACCGAGCGCCAGAGUGUCUGUUGACUGAUGGUUAUUAUACUUACAAGAUGGACAUCUGGAGUGUAGGAUGUGUGUUCUUCGAAAUUCUUAGUCUUCACCCACUGUUCCCUGGCUCAAAUGAAGUGGACCAGAUAGCAAAGAUACAUGACAUUUUAGGAACCCCAGAUCCCAGUGUUCUCAACAAACUUAAAAAGUCGCGUGGCAUGAACUUCAAUUUCCCCCACAAGAAGGGUACGGGUGUGGAGCGCCUUCUACCCCACGUGUCAUCUGAAGCUGUUGACCUGAUCUACCAGAUGUGUACUUAUGAUCCUGAUGAGAGGAUGUCGGCUAAACAGGCAAUACGACAUAGCUACUUCAGGGAUCUAAGGGAGGCAGAUAAGCGGCAGGCCAUGUUAGCCAAGGCUAAGCAGCAGGAGGAGAAGGAGGUCCGAGAAAGGAAACCAGAGACGAUCAAGGCACCACCAUCGGAAACAUCAGGCAUCGAAGUGGAUACUUCCCGCACAGAAAAGAAAAAGACAGAGUCACAAAAUGAAAACCGCACAAUGCCCAGUCUACCUAAAGCUCAAUCCCUACCUACUCAUCCGCACUUCUUUAAAGACAGAAGAAAGAAGCGCCACAAACGGCUACUAGAGACUCACCAUUUCUCAAAUCAUACUGGCCUUAAUUUGCCAAAAGUUCCAAUGCAUGCCAACUCCCUGAACCCUUCAUUCCACGCCAGCUCAUUUAGUUCCUACAACCAUCCCCAGGGCACAACUAGUUUAUCUCUCCUUCCCAGUAUCAAUGCCACCUACAAACCCCACAAGCCUGCAAAUAAAGCAACGAAGAACAUUGUAAGUAGCUAUCAACUACCAUCCCUAGACAGACGAGGAGGAGCAGGAUUCUAA